CACACUGACAAUCACUAGUUUGUGUGUCUCAAUACAAACUCAUCAAGAAAUGGCAAGAAUUCUUGACUCGUUCCCUCCUCCACUUCAACUCACCCAUCCAACUCUUUCUCGCUCUACUUGGCCCAGUUGCUCAAUGCCCAUUUCACCAAAUCCCACUUUCUGCAGCUCUAUUUCUCAUUACAACCAACUGACUAAAGCUUUUGCAGUUCCAAGGAGAAAUGCAAUGGCAUUGAUCUUGUCAAGUUACAUUUUCUCAGAAGUUGGUUUCAACAAUAUUGCAUUUGCUCAACAGUCUGUUGGAUUCAGGGAAUACAUUGAUCAAUUUGAUGGGUAUUCAUUCAAGUACCCUCAGAACUGGAUUCAAGUUCGUGGUGCUGGAGCUGAUAUAUUCUUCAGAGACCCUUUUGUUCUUGAUGAAAAUCUCUCAGUGGAGUUGUCGUCUCCUUCAUCAUCCAGGUACAAGAGUGUUGAAGACUUGGGCCCUCCACAAGAAGCUGCAAAGAAGGUGCUUAAGCAGUAUUUGACAGAGUUCAUGUCUACUAGACUUGGCGUCAGGCGGGAAUCAAAUAUUCUUUCGACAUCGUCCAGAGUCGCUGAUGACGGAAAGCUUUAUUAUCAAGUUGAGGUAAACAUCAAGUCCUACGCAAAUAACAACGAACUGGCUGUUAUGCCUCAGGAAAGAGUAGUUCGAUUGGAAUGGGAUCGCCGGUAUCUGUCAGUUCUUGGAGUUGAAAACAAUCAGCUGUACGAGUUAAGAUUACAGACACCUGAAAAUGUAUUUGUAGAAGAGGAAAAUGAUCUUCGCAAAGUCAUGGAUUCCUUUAGAGUGAACAAGGUUGCUGUUUAAUUAGUCGAGUUCAUAUAGAUUUAUCCAAUAUUCUGUAGGUUGGGAUU